AGAAAGCACACAACUGGAGCUGGUAGUUGGACCCGUCAUCGGGCAGUAGAUUUUGUGCGUAAAUACAUAUCUCCUUCUUUCCCCUCUACACACAAAGACAAGGACGAAAACACAACAGAGCCAUGAAGAUCAAAGGUCUUGUUCACUUUGUUUAUGCAAUCUACUUGGUUUCUGUCCUGUUGGGUAUCCAAGGACCUGUACACGGACGGCUACUCUCACUGAAGAAACCCGACCCGGAAAAUGCUGCUGCCACUGCUCGUUGGUUGGUCUCUCAGAAUUCCUGGGGUGUUUUAAAUACUAUCUCAAGCGAAUUGGGAGGAGCACCCUUUGGGAAUGUGGUCUCGUUUAGCGAUGGAGAACCCGGAAAAGGCAGGGGUAUCCCAUACUUCUACUUGACAACUCUGGAUCCCACUGCAAGAAAUGCACGGAAAGACCAGAGGGCUUCGUUGACAAUUAGUGAACAUCCUAUUGGAACCUGUGGGAAGACAGACCCUGAGAACCCCACUUGUGCAAAGAUUACACUUACAGGAAAGUUGAAGCUUGCUGAUAAAGAUUCCAAAGAAACAGAGUUUGCUAAGAAUGCCUUGUUCUCAAAGCAUCCAGAGAUGAAGGAUUGGCCCAAGAAUCACAACUUCGAGUUCUUCAAAUUAGACAUUGAGAACAUCUUCUUGAUUGAUUGGUUUGGUGGUCCAAAACCUCUCACAGUGGAUCAAUACCUUCACACCCGAACGACAGAAUACGCCUUCAUUCUGGGAUUUCUCAUCUAACUGCGAUUCUCCCUCUUGCAUGUUUAUGAGCUGGAUCUGCAUUUGAAUUGUGCAUAAUGUGACUCUAUUGGAAAUUAGAAAACAAAAUUGUAAUUGUAUAUAGUCCAUGUAAUUUCUACAAAUCGUCACUCAAGUAAGUGUGCCGUCCAAUCUGAUUGAACAAUUGGAGAUAAUGAUUUGUUUGUACAAGGGGACUGUAAUUUUUCUUUAUGUGGUAUAAGCCGAAAAUGUAAAUUGGCACGCUCUUCGUAAAAAUAAUUUGUGGUUAAUGGACCUGUAUGUAUUAUCAGAGAUGUUUUCAGUA